AAUAUAACAGAAGAGGAAUUUGUAUUGUAUACACAGAAAAUUGAAAUUCUUAUUGGUUGAUUCUAUAAUUAUUCAAAAAAACGAUCUAUUUUGUAUUAACACACAAUCACUUUCAACUUGAGAACGGGCGUGCAUUGUUGGUAAUCAUGGCUGUUCGAGUAUUAUUAAAAAACUGUGCAUCUAUGCGAUAUUUUUUUCAUAAGCAUAAUGUAGCUCAAAAUAGGAUUAAAACUUUAAAAAACUUUGGUACUGGUAUUUUUACUAGUAUCAUAGUUUACAGCAUUUCAAAUAUGACAGUUUUUGCAGCCCAAAAUGAAUUAAAUAUUAAGCAAUUCAUGGCAGAACCAAUUACUGAUAUUAAUGAACUGAAGAAGAAAAAUGAUAUGAGGAAAAAGAUGGAAUUAUUAGUAAUGAAAACUCAGGGAGAUUUUUGUAAAGCUUUAGAAGCUUUAGAAGAUCCAAAUUGUCGUUUUAGAGUUGAUAGAUGGUUUAGAAAAGAAGGUGGUGGAGGAAUUAGUUGUGUUUUAGAGGAUGGAGUUGUUUUUGAAAAAGCUGGUGUCAAUGUAUCUGUUGUUACCGGUGAAUUGUCACCAGCUGCAGUACAACAAAUGAGAGCACGUGGAAAGAAAAUGCAACAAGAAUCUGUGCCAUUCUUUGCAGCUGGGGUUAGCGCAGUUAUUCAUCCACGUAAUCCUAUGGUUCCGACCAUACAUUUCAAUUACCGCUACUUUGAAGUACAAAAUGAAGAUGGUUCAAUUCAGUGGUGGUUUGGAGGUGGCACUGAUCUCACACCUUAUUAUCUAAAUGAAGAUGAUGUAAAACAUUUUCAUGGUACUUUAAAAGAUGCAUGUGAUAAACAUGAUCCAUCUUAUUACCCAAAAUAUAAAAAAUGGUGUGAUAAAUACUUUUUCAUUAAUCACAGAGGAGAAUGUAGAGGAGUAGGUGGUAUCUUUUUUGAUGAUGUUGAUACCCCAAGUCAAGAUGAAGCAUUUCAAUUUGUAAAAUCUUGUGCAGAAGCUGUCAUUCCUUCUUACAUUCCCUUAGUUGAAAGGCAUAAAAAUGAUGGGUAUGGCUAUGCUGAAAGACAAUGGCAAUUAUUACGUAGAGGAAGAUAUGUUGAAUUUAAUUUAAUAUACGAUCGUGGUACAAAGUUUGGUUUAUAUACUCCUGGUGCACGAUAUGAAAGUAUAUUAAUGUCUUUACCUUUAUCUGCAAAGUGGCAAUAUAUGCAUGAUCCAGAACCUGAUUCAAAGGAAGCAAAACUUCUUGAAAUAUUAAAAAAUCCCAAGGAUUGGUUGAACUAAUAAAAAGUGAUGCUUCAUUAGCCACUAAAAUGAUCAUUUUAUCAACCUUGAGAAUUAAAAUGAUUAUAAUUUA